CCGUUCGUGUACUCACUAAAAGUACAAAAUAUUUAGGCCACCUUACCAGCAUUAUACAAAAUCUAGGCCAUUCCAAUUUUAACGGUAAGUAUUAAGGAUGUAUUGCACUGCACUCUCCAGCUAUAGGCAAUGUAUUCAAGAUGGUUUGUUAGCCUGUCUUUCCGUUCGUGUACUCACUAAAAGUACAAAAUAUUUAGGCCACCUUACCAGCAUUAUACAAAAUCUAGGCCAUUCCAAUUUUAACGGUAAGUAUUAAGGAUGUAUUGCACUGCACUCUCCAGCUAUAGUCAAGGUAUUCAGGAUGGUUUGUUAGUCUGUCCCUCCAUUCGUAUACUCACUAAAAGUACAA